GCUCUGCAACACCCACACUCCUUCCCAUUCCAAAGAACAAAACCAUGGGCAGUCACCUCUCACUCUUUCUAUUCCUUGUACUCCUCACGAGCAGCAGCAGCAGCAGCAUCAGCGGAAUCUCCGCAGUCUCGGCCGCUCCCUAUCUCUCUCCACAGCUCCAAGCCAAACUGCUCUCUUCGAAGCCAGACAACGAGACGAUAUACAGGGUCUCCAAGCAGCUCUGCUGGAACUGCAUCGGCGAGUCCCUCCAGUUCUUGUUCGCCCACAACCUCGUGCGCGCCGCCAAGUGGGAGCUCCCCUUGAUGUGGGACUUUGAGCUCGAACGGUACGCGAAGUGGUGGGCCGGCCAGAGGAAGUCGGACUGCAAAUUGGAGCAUUCUUUCCCGGAAGACGGGUUCAAGCUAGGAGAGAACAUUUACUGGGGGAGCGGCUCGUCGUGGACGCCGAGCGACGCAGUGGGCACUUGGGCGGCGGAGGAGAAGUAUUACACGUACGCGACCAACACGUGCGAGGAAGGCCAAAUGUGCGGCCACUACACGCAGAUCGUCUGGAAGACGACGAGGCGGAUCGGGUGCGCCCGGGUGGUCUGCGACGACGGGGACGUGUUCAUGACUUGCAACUACGACCCGGUGGGGAACUAUGUCGGGGAACGACCAUAUUGAAUGUCUCUAAUUCUGGAGUGCUUAUCAAUAGUCGAAUAUGCUCUGCUUCGAGCGAUACUCUCUUCAAUGUCUUGUAGAAAGUAAAUGAAUGUACUAUACCAAUAUAUGAUAGAGCUAUAUGGAUUUGGCUGAGGCUUGCAUAUAAUAGCUAUCGACAGCGACAAAUAUUACAUA